AUGAAGAAGACAGAGAUCAAGCCGGAAUUGGGAUCUGAACGGGCAACCCCUGAUGAAAAGGGAAAGGCUUCUACAGCUGCAGCCGUCCCAGACCCGGCGGCUUUGUCCAAGAAAACAGCCCCCCGAAAAGGUCCCAAGAGACGUACCAAAACUGGCUGUCUAACAUGUCGACGUCGGCGUAUUAAAUGUGGGGAAGAGAGACCAAUUUGCAACAACUGCAUCAAAUCGAAGCGGAUUUGCGAAGGCUAUGCUCCGCGCGUCGUCUUUAAGCAUCAUCUGCCCGCGGGUGACUUGGGCCCUUUCAACGCCAACCGGCAAAGCCCUGCGUGGGGACUAGGUGCUGGCGGUUAUGGAGUCCGUGCCCAUCCAUAUCAGAUUCGACCAGACGACCCUGGCCAACGUAUUCUGACUACCAGGCACUUUUCCGCCUCGGGGCAAUCCGCUUCUCCAGAGGCAGCGGGGCCUCAGAUAGCGACAAUACCUUCAAUGGGGCCAUAUUAUCCUUAUUCUCAUGAAAUACUUAUGACAAGUCUAGUAGAUUCACGUCCACAAGCUGGUUCUCAUCUCCAGUGGCAGGCAGCGACGAGCAUUCUCGAGCAAGAGCGUCAAAAUGCUAGCUUGAAUAUUUCGUCGAUGGGAUAUUAUCCAUAUGCUCCCCCGCAUCUCCUCAACUAUGUGGUGCCGCCUGGUCUUGGACACCAAUCCCAUUCGGUGUCACAGCGACAACCCUACUCCUACACACCCUCACCAUCGCAAUCCUUUACCCCCUACUUGUCAUAUUCCGAAGAAAACGACGAUUAUUACUAUGAUGUUGAUUCCGAUGAUGAAUUGCUUGAAGCAGACGACAUAGGCUCCUUGGGUCAGAUGGCUUCCGGAAACUGGAAUGCGCGUCAAAUUCCUACCUUUACCGCGUAUACAAAUGACCCGAAGAUGCUUGCAUCUUACUAUCCGUUCUUUGGGUGCUCCUUGCUUAAUAACGCAAGAGUAGUCCGGCUCUUUUUUCAUUUCAGGUGCUCCCUCGGGCCAUUCAUGUCUGUCUUCGAGAGGUGUCCAGCUGACCCUAUUGUCAAUCAUGGCGGUUCUGUUUCAACCCCACUGCAAGGUUUGUGGACAGACACUCUACCGCUCAAGGCGUUGGAGCACCCCGCCUUGAUCAGAGCUAUGCUCGCAAUGAGCUGCUUGAAUAUUUCCAUACUGCAACAAUCAGCGCCAUCUUUAGCAAUGAAACACUACCACUACGCUCUAAGGAAGGUUCGAUUUGCAAUUGGACUUCCUCUACGACGAAGACAGAUUUGUACUCUGGCCGCAAUUUUAGUUCUGGGGUACUACGAAGUCAUGGCAGCCGAUCACCCUAAGUGGUGCAACCAUCUUGCUGGAUCAGCUCAGUUGAUCCGUGAGAUUGACUUUGCCAGCAUGACCCGCGAUCUUCGGGCUCAGCGACGCAGAGUUUUGAUGCAGCGGAAGCAAAUACUUCGAGCUUACGGACAGCACCAAGAUGCUUGGUCGAUUAGCAGUAUUGCGUCUGAAGAGGAUCCAUUUGCGGAUGAAGAAAGCGGAAUCGACGAAGAUAUCAUUGAAUUGCUUCUAGGUCGGGCAGUCGAUUAUGACACUAUUAGCUAUGCCAAUUAUCGGCAAGCACAGGCUCCCAGGAAAUUCUUCACCCCGAAAGAUAUCGAGGACUACAGAAUUCAAUGCGAUUUGUAUUGGUUGUUUUGCAAAAAUGAUGUCUUUCAGAGCAUGGUCGGCGGGAACCAACUUCUACUACCCUAUGAGCAGUGGGGCCAGUGUCCGCCUCGCGCAGGCAUCGGCAAAUUAGAUGCCAUCUAUGGCUCAGCAGAUCACCUGUGGCUCUUACUCGGCCGUCUGCAAGACUUCGGCUACCGGGAUCGGAAGAGAAAGUUGAGGGUCGCGAAAGCCACUGGAAAGGAUUGGGCACCGAGUUCGGGAUUUUUUAGAUUUAUGGCUCGUUUUUCACGGCGCGGGCCUAGCAUGCCACAGAUUCCUUCCGUUGAUCUUUCUGAUGAUGAGCAAGCGGCCUAUGAUAGUGCGGAGGAAGAAUGGGAAUCCAUCCGCUCUGCUUUCGAGCUCUUCCUUAAUGCUCUGGGCUCUGACUACAUGCCUCUAUCCCGGGAUAAAGUUCUACCAAUAUCCACCCCAUUUGGCCCGGCCCUCAGAUACCUAACUGACAAGAUUGCCGUUAUUUGGACCUUUUAUUACUGUGGCCGGAUCCUCCUGAACCGACUUCAUCCGUCAAUGCCACCCGCCAUGAUGGUAGCGGCCGGGGUCUGCGCGCCUACGACAGCCGAAUAUGCACAGCUUGUCGGGAACAUUAUGGCUGGAGUAUGCCACCACCCACUCCGGCAUAAUCUUGGACCGGGAAGUCUAGAUCCAAUGAUGUCCGCGUGUCUUACAGAGAUGACAGUUGCCUUCUUCAUUGCUGCCGUACAGUACACGGAUUUCUCACAGAGGAACUGGGCCGUCACGUCACUUCACGAUAUUGGCAGGCUUACUGGUUGGGGAACCGCCUACUCCAUAGCGUCCGGUUGCGAAAAGACCUGGACCAGGGCUGCGGAAAAUGGGAAAGGACCACCUUAUCGCCGUUCUGAGGAUCACUUUGACGAAGGUAAUGAUUGCUACCAGGAGGGCAAGAUUCAGGGCAAUACCAAACUGAAUGAAAAUCCCGAAAGGAGAUGGAUUGCUGUUGUUAAGCCUCCAACGGUCCCUUGGGCCUUGGGAGUGAUGGGUUUGGAGGACGACAUGUCAAAAUUGGACCUUCGGGAUUAGGGUUGGUAGGUAUCCACGCAGUGCAUAUAUAUGUAUGCUAUGCAAGCAAGAUAUGAGGAUACCAUAGUACAAUGUACAAACUGCAAUAUCUCACUUUUCUUGGACAUCUUGAAGAGGAAAUUACAGUUUUUUGAGCUUCUUUUCCAACCUCUUAAUAAGGGCUUGUUGCUGAUUGAGUUAAUGCUUGGCUCUGGUUGGUCAAUUUGAGUUCACUUCUGGAUACUUGGAGCCCAUCAGUCUUGGCUGAAUAUUCUCUAUCUGUGCUUUCAAGAACUGGGUCUGUGGGGGUACAAGUUGGGACCAACCUUCGACGCAAUGGGCCCGCGUGCGGUGAUAAUUGUAAGGACUAUUUGCACCCUUGUUGGGAUGUUCUCGCUCAGUGUCUGCACAAAAUACCAUCAGAUCUUUCAGACAUUUUUCUAUUUUAACUGGUAUUGGUUCAUGGAGCAUCGCUAUCUCGCCAGUGGUAUAGAAUUAUAGAUGGUUUCGGUGGUGUUCUCUUUCCCCUGAUGAUACAAUCACCCCUUCCCCAAGUCGGCUGGGGAUGGUCAAUCCGUAUUUUCACAUUUGUGCUGCUUGUGCUUUGCGCUGCCGACGUGGCAUUUUGCCGAAGUAGAGUUCCACCGCGCAAAGGAGCCGAAACAACGUGGCGUGAUACGUUACCAGAUCCUUAAAUCUUCAUGGAUGGGAUAGGCACCAUGGCAGUCACCACCGUUGGCAUCCUUUUGACGGAUCUGGCAUACUUCAUACCUAUCACGUACACGCCAAGUUACUACAUCGAUCGGCAGCAUUCGCAUAUCGGCUUCUCGCGAUUCUCAACGCUGCUUCAUACAUUGGUCGAUGCAUGGCGGGUGGCCUGGCUGAUCGAUUCAGCCGGUUCAAUAGCAUGAGUGUGUCCUUGUUACUCUGCACGGUAUAAGUUCUAUGCUUCUGGUUACCAGAUAUUGUUGUACCGAAUUUGGACAACUAGCACUCCUGGUGGUUUUCAUACUGCUAUUUGGAUUCUGCAGUGGCUUCAAUGCCAGCUUGAUACCAAUCUAUCUGGGUCGGCUUUGCGAAACUCAAGAAUACGGACAAUAUUACGCCAAUUGCUUUACAAUAGUGGCUUUGGAGCGUUGGUAAACGUCCCUAUUGCUGGUGGUCUUCUCUCAAUGCGGUAGAGGCUACGGGUAAAGAAAGAUAUUAGGGCACUGCUCUUUUCGCUGGACUCAGAUACUUGGCCGCUUUUUAUCUUUUCUAUGGGACUGGAUCAGAGUAAAGGUGUAGAAUUGGAGAACGAAGUGGUGGAACGUUGGUCUACAACAUUGCAGCACUAGUAGAGUUUAAGAUGGGUUAAGCAACCAUUUUCAUGAAUUGCUUCACUUCAACCUUGUGUAAGAUAGGUCACCUGACCACUCAGUUGUACAGAGGAUUUGCUAGAGGCAGCAUCUAGGAAUAGACUGAAUAUGAUG